AAUUGAUUCUUUUAUUACUCCACAGGUGUUGUUGUGAAUGCAGAAAUAACUUAUUGAGUUAAGUGAAAAUGUGAACAAUGGUUAGAAGAGAAUGCGAUUUGAAUUUCUACCCAUGAUGAGGCUUAACAGACAGCGCUACACGCUGUUUACCGGAUUGGAUGACUUGACAUUAGAUAUUGUUAGUGCCACAACUCAAGUUGUCAUACGGAGUACAUGUCGGGUUUGACAGUUGAUCCAUUAGCAUGCCAUUUAACAUUCUAGAUCGAGAUUUUAUGGGUCGUAUUUCGGUGUUCAAAAGAGCUAGACAGACAAUCUUCUUACUCUUUUCUCCAGAGUUGCAAGGCCCUUCACACUGCGCUCAUCAGUGUCUUUAUUGAUGAUCCCCUUCCAACAGCGUAAACUAUUGUUUGAUACUUAGUAUGCACAUAAAGCCCAACGUUUUUCCCACUUGCUGAAUACUUCAUGGACAAGUGCGCAUUGUCUUCUAUAUCUCGAAAACCGGGAAUAGUUCGAAUCUACUAGGCUCGACUGUUAUUCGCUGCAUGAACACUUGCUCAACGAGUGAUUGACAGGAGAGUCCCAUUUUUUCACGUCUCAAAAAGUUGGUUACAUGGUGUUCUUCGCCCCGCUGGCGGUAUGUUGCCGACUGCUCAAAUAAUACCACUGGUCUCACCGGAUAUCUGCUAGGUGGUGCACAUAUUGGCUCUCGUUCGGCCUGCUAACGGGAGCAGAAAUCCGGAAUAUUUUCGGCUGUAAUUCGCAUAUAUUCUGUCUGGGUAUGAAAAUUGGGGUGUAUCUAUCGCGCGACACGCCUGGGGGGAUCCAAUAAGCCCUAUGAUAAUCACCUCCUCCAAGUCGCAUGGCAGGAGGUGCAUAUAAACUCCGAGGAUCCCAUUGUGGUCACUGUAACCGCGGGCUAGACAGAUUCUUUGCCACCUAGGGUUCUGAGAUAUUAUUCGCAGGAGAACUAUGGAUGAAGUCCCAUAGUGAUCAUUGCCCUGAGUAACUUGACGAAGCUCAUGGUUAUAUUUAUUUACGGGAAGAAGACGAAUAAAUAUUGGCCGAGCCGAGAAAAGAAAAGGUGCACCGCUUCGCUUUACUCUAAUUUAGACUCUUGCGCAGAGGGACUGGAGAUAGAAUGCCCCCCCCCCAGCCGACACGGCGCCGCACAGAUGCGGAGAGGAUGCGGACAGAUGAAGCUAGCAGGUGGGGCUCGGUGGCUUUUAGCCAGAGCUUGGGACGAGGUGAACGACAGGGCAGCUGACUCGCCAGACGAAACACUCAUGUCACAACCUGGGCGACAGCAAUGAUAGCGAGCCGUUGCCAAUAGCUUCAUGAUCCUGGAGACAAGACUUUAGACAAAGUCCACCCUUGCCAAAUACGAUCCCGGAGCAAAACCCGUCUCGCCCGCGUUGCCAACUUCUCCGAGAAAAAAACCUCCGACCUAACGCAGUAGGGAGACCCGCUGUUGGAUGUCGCAUUUCGGCCCUCCACUCCCGUCCGGUCUCAAAAGCGAAAUGACUGCCAGAGCACUGCAUGUUUUUAUCUGUCCCGUAGUUAAAUAAUGCGUUUAUGUAUGUCAGUUACGCCAGCCAUUAUUGUAUUCAUUCUUUUGUGCGCAUCGCAAUAAUAGCCACCAAUGUCCCCCUCCUGACUGCAACAAUACACUCUUGCUUCUCGUGAUCGUUAUGAGAUACAUUGCUGAGUUUGAUUCUUAAUACGUGCUUUCAUUGACAUCGGGAUCCUGCGGGGUUUUUUUUGCAAAGCAUGGCUGCAAACGCUUUCGAUGCUGUGGUCCACGCUAUUCCGUCAGAGGGUUCAUCCUUAACGAGGCCGGUGCUUGUAGAUUCCAGCAUCUCCUUUGAGCUCAGCAUAGGUGAUAAGAUCCAGACCCUAUCAACAACGAAUGUUAGAAAUGGAGACGCGAUCCGAGGCUUGCUCUACGUCCCGGAGCUGGAUUUCGAGGACCCGUGCCGGCAGGCAACAACUCCUUUCAUACUAGCCAACGUAACUCGCCUCUCUGAUAUUCCAGGUCCAAGGAGGUCAAUAUCUCUUGCUCCUUGGGUCUCUUCUGCAUGCACAAUAUCUUUCUUGGCAGCGCUGUCGCGAAAUCCGCCCUACGCAGCGGUUUUCUACCGGCCAGAUGAAUCGACUACUACUCCUCCUCUCGCCGAUCACCCGACCUGGGAUCUAGGGGACCGCGAUAUGUGGAAGACUACGAAUCGCUACCCUGUUUAUGCGAUCCCUGGCGUGUACGGUGCCAGUGUGAUGCGUGCUCUGAGCGAGUACUCAGGGAGUGUUGCUGACGCCCCAUACGCAGAAGACCUUCUGAGAAGGUUCCAGGGCAGUGACGUGGUUCGGGUGUCUUCGAAAAUUGCUAUAAGUAAAAACUCCACCGGUGGCCUCCCAAGCCUUUGGAUUUUCCUCUUGGUCGUUGUAGCGAUUCUAAUUUGUAUUGCUCUCUUCUCGUCCAUCGCCAUGCGGUGUAUUCAAGCGCGCCAACUGCGUUCCUUGGAAAGGAGAGUCGCGGCGGGAGAAGUUGAUCUAGAGACUCUGGGUAUUAAGCGGUUAAACGUCCCACAAGAUAUUCUAGAUAAAAUGCCUCUCUAUAUCUGUAAUGGGUCAGGUAGAAUUGAACGUUUGAUCCCUCCUACUACAGAAAUGACCCCAGAAUCUAUCGACGAACCGUCCAAAUUACCACCAGAUAAAGGAAGUUUUCUUCAAUCGAUUUCGGGCUGGAAGUGGAUAUCAAGGGUAUCGCAAGCCUUCUAUUCUCGUAAAUCACGAUCUACAACACCGCCUCCGCCUCUCUCUUCUGCCCCGGACUCUGGGACUUCCCUUCCUUCUCCAAGAUCGCAGAUCACGCCCAUCGAUAACAACCAACAACACCAUGCCGAACCUACUUUCGCACAAACAACUUGUCCAAUUUGCCUCGACGACUACGACUGGGGCGAAACCACAGUCCGUGAACUUCCCUGCCAACAUAUUUUCCAUCCCGAAUGUAUCGAUAAUUUCCUCCUGCAGAAUAGUAGCCUUUGCCCAGUUUGCAAGAAAAGUGUAUUGCCCCGUGGAUAUUGCCCCGAGAAAAUUACCCGUGUUAUGGUUCGUCAGGAACGACUCGCUCGAAGGGCUCGUCCACCACAAACGAUAGAGAUUGGCAAUGGUGGUUAUGACGCUGCAAUGCCUACUUCCUUGGGCAACGGAAACCAGUCACCCCAGAACAGAAACCGGCCCCCAGGCCACAGUUUCACCUCCGACAGGUGAAAGAUUCUCAAGGCAGCGGCAAGAAGAAAUGCGCAUGAGAGCUGUGGCGAUGCUCGGCUACCGACCCAUGAUUGCAGAUGAGGAGAGAGCGCAAGACGCUUCUCGGUCAAAAUUGCGCAAACUCCUACAAAUACUAUUUCCAAUAGUUCGAUAGGCUGGAUGCCAACGUACUUUUACCGACCCUGACCCUGCCUAUGAUUAACCUGCCUAACGAAUUAUGAUUGACAUUCUAGUUCCAUUUUGCAUAUAACUAUGGCCUGGUCUACAGAGCUGUUAAGCGUGAUACCCACCAAAUUUUUGCUAAAUCUUGAUGAUAGUUGAAUCCCUCGGGCAUCAUUGAUAUGACCUGCUCUUAUAUAUACCGCAAGACACUGUUACUUAUUGCAUUCAUUAUUUUUACAACCGCCCCCGACACGUUCCAGUCGCCAGUCGCCAGCCAACAUGCCUAACUUUUCUCCUUCUCUCUUUUUCCUUCCUUUUCACCUUUCACUCUGCAGCAUGUCCUGAGACUGUACCCUUCUAUGCACUUUUUCAACCAUCUCACGCAUAUACUGAAUUAUUAAACCCCAAGAUGUCAGAUGGGGACGGAAGUGAAACUUCUAGACGCACAAGCGCCGUAAUUGGGUUUUCAUUUAUUUGUUUAUUAAUAUAUAGAUAUUUUGAGAUAUUUUGGUACUUCUUGGGAAGUAUAUAUGUACCUGGGGGAAGAUAAUGUAUACUUUGUUUUCUUGUGGGAAUUUCAUCAUCCAUUGCUGUUGAGUCACAUUUUUUAACCCAGAUAAAGAGUAGGGGGUACGCGGCCUCCCCCGAACCUAUAAUGCUUCUAAUAACUAAACCCAUUGAGCCAAGAAUUAUCAUAUGGCUACCGUAUAGGAGAUUUAGUUAAGAUCUUCAAAA